GAAGUUCGGCCGCUGUUUUGAAAUCUGGCCGCUGGGGUUCUACUGCUGCCGCCUGCGCCGAGGCCUGCAGCCGCCCAGUUGCCGUCGAACCCCGGACCCUGUCUCCCACCCUGCGGAUCGAGGCCGCGCCAUGUCUACGCCCCCUUUGGCGGCCGGGAUGGCGCCCGGGCCGUUCGCCGGGCCGCAGGCACAGCAGGCCGCGCGGGAGGUGAACACUGCGUCGCUGUGCCGCAUCGGGCAGGAGACGGUGCAGGACAUCGUGUACCGCACCAUGGAGAUCUUCCAGCUGCUCAGGAAUAUGCAGUUGCCAAAUGGUGUCACCUACCACACGGGGACCUACCAAGACCGGCUCACAAAGCUGCAGGAUCACCUUCGCCAGCUGUCCAUUCUCUUCAGGAAGUUGCGGCUGGUCUACGACAAAUGCAAUGAGAACUGUGGAGGCAUGGACCCCAUCCCAGUAGAGCAACUUAUCCCAUAUGUGGAAGAAGAUGGCUCCAAGAAUGGCGACCGAGCUGGCCCACCACGUUUUGCUUGUGAAGAGAGGCGGGAAAUUGCUGAAGUCAAUAAAAAACUCAAACAGAAGAAUCAGCAGCUGAAGCAAAUCGUAGAUCAGCUACGGAACCUGAUCUGGGAUGUGAACGCCCUGCUGGCCCUGAGAAACUAACUCACCAAUGCGCUAAGUUUCCUGCCAUGCAUGUCAGAUUGGGUUCCCAGAUUGUUUUUCCCUUUGAAGAAGAUUAUUUAUCUGCUUGUAUUUAGUCACCAAAACUAAAGUCCCUAUUUUUACAUUGUGUUUUUACAUUAAAAUAUUCAUUAACUUUUUUUUAAGGCUAUUGAUUCUAUGAAAGUUUAUUGCAACAACUUUGAUAGAGUUUGUGUUUUGGUUUAUCUUCAUGAAUUGACUAAUUGUUUUUUUAAAAGGAAAACAAAGUUUGUAAAUAAAUUUUUUAAUUUGA